CUGUCGCAUUAAUUGUACUGUUAAUGUUUUCACAUUGUCCCUGUAAAAAUACGAUAUUAUAAAGGACGUUUGUAGAUAGCUACCCUUGGGAUUGGUAUCAAAGAUUGGGUGUGCGGGGGCUUUGAAUCGACUUUGUGUAAACGAGGGCGGCACAGGAUUGGAAUUUGGAAGGCAGUUCCGCAGUCUUUGGACUGAGUAGACUACAGAACGCCUUUUUCAUUUUUUACUGAAAGACCUAUAAAACCUUUGGACGCCAGGGAAAUCCCGUCUGCUGCCUUCGGCUACAUGGUUGUUAUUUACUAACAAACGUGAGUAAAAAAACUACACGAAGCUUGCUGUGCGGAAUCUGCGGAUAAUUUUCUUAUAUUUCUGAUAGUAUGAUAAAGAUUAGAAAAAACUCUGGAGGAAAUGAACUGGCUGGAGCUGAAUUACCAGAUAAACAACCUGCCGAACGAACAACUUCGAGAUUCAGUUUCAGGAAACCUAAAAUUAAGUUGCCCUCCUUUAAAAGGAAAAAAAAUCCAAUGCAAACUGACAUUCCACCAGCGUUUGGUCUUCCUAAAGUGGUUCUCACCUUUGAAGAGAACCUACAGCAGGGCCAUCUUUUCCAGGCUGGAAAGCAGCUGAUCCAACAGGAGGAGCAUCUGUUUGGGAGGGAAAUAGGGAAGGAGGAGAAGGAGAGUGGGGAAAACAAGGAAAAACUGAAGAGAGAUUAUGAGUCCCUUCUCAAGAAGGUGUGGCUGUCAGUGGACUCUUCGCUGAGUGCUGGGGCAGAGGAGGUGGAGGGCCUGAAGUCGGCCGUGAGCUGCAUCCAGCAGGAGGAGGAGCAGGAUAGGAGGUGGGGGAAGAAACCAGAGACACAGGCCCCUGAAUGGAGGCCCAGGCAGUGCAGACAAAUGCACGAUGCCCGGCUUGAGAAGAUGGUGGAGAAACGGAUGGAAGAACCAAAUGGAGUGAUCGUGGAAGGAAACAUGUCUUCCUUGAAGAGGGAUAUCUGCAAGAUGGGCAAACAGAUGAAGGAGGACCUGCUGAAGGUGGCACGGGAGCUGCAGAACUGCUACCCUGAGGAGUUUGACAUCUGCAGUGUGUAUGCCGGACUAUAUCAUCAAGCCUUUUCUAAACGUUUAACGGAGAUUGCCAAGUCUGAGCUGGAUGUAGAAGAUUGUGCUUACCUCAUGUCCUGGGUGAAUAAUUACUAUCCAAAUGACAUUUUAAAUCACACUGAACUCAAAGAGAAUAUACAUUGCAAAUCGCUUGGAGAUUUGUUGCCUGUGGAGGUGGCUAGAGGCUUGGAGGAGCAGUAUCUCUCAGACCAAGAGACAAAAGUGAAGACAAGCAUCUCCACUGCCCUGAGGACACAAGAGGAGGCCUGGCUGAGUGGAGCUCAACCCGAGCUUAUAGAAGGACAUCCCGGUCCCAUUUCCAAUUAUGUCGUACAGUGUGUUGAUAGGGCUGGGAAAGAUGCCAGGAAUGUACUGGGUGAGGCGCACAAAGCCCAGCCAAUCAUGUGUCAGUUGACGAACUUCCUACAGAGCUAUAAGAAAUCCCAGGAAGAUUUUCUGAAAGGAAAGCGUGGAAACAUCAAAGCAGUGACAAAGGCUAACUUGGCCAGUCUUGCGCAAUUUGAGACCUAUAUUGUAACAGAGAGAGAUGUCUUCACAGAAAAGACGAGAACAUGUUGCUUAUCACUCGUGGAAGACAUGAAAGACUGUGGCUACCAGUAUCUCUCCAAGAUCAUACAUGCAGAUAUGAAGGUACGGUACCGUAAGCUGGGCACCCAGUCCUGGCUCACAGAAAACAGCGUUGUCAUGAGCGGCCUUCUAGAAGGGCUGACGGGACACAUUGAGAAGUGCAGCGAUCUGAAGACCAGCUGCUUUGAGGAGUUUGUUGGCCGGCUGCAUGGCGAUGUGAUGGUGGAGUAUGUGUACAGGCUGCUGAAGAAGAAGCUGAGGCUGAAGGAUCAAGGCCAGCAGGAGGCAGCUGCCAGGCUGCUGUGUGAGGACAGCAAGGCACUACAUGCCCUGUUCACUGAGAAGGGGUCUAAAGAAGAGUGGCUGAGUGACAUUCUCCCAAAAAUGUCUGAAGUGCUGAAGACACAGGACCCAAGCAUGAUCCAGCUGGAGAUCAUCACCCUGGCUCGGGACUACCCUGACCUCAGUGACUGCCAUGUCUCUGACCUGCUCCACCUAAAGAUGAACCUUCCCAUCUCCGACAUCAAGAUGAUCAAGGAGAGCCUGUCGGAGAACCGAAACUCAGUCAGCUCCCAGAACACCAGAACGUUCUUCUCCAGAGUGCAUCGGCAAGAUCACGCAUCACGCUUUUCCAAGAUGAUGCGACUCCCGCACUGAGUCAGCCUUGCGGUUUCAAAGCCGCUCAUAGAUUCUCCAGUGCGCUCAGGUACGCCUUCACUGCCAUUAAACCCGGCUGUGACAAACCGCACACAGAGAUCCUGAGUGGACAUUAAUGCUGCUGAUUUCCACUUCAUAUGUGCCACUCUGUCUCUGGGCAUGCAGUGAAACUCCAUCCAUAUAGAUGUGCAUGUAGAGACAAUAUCAUUAUACCGUGUGAAAAGUUGGGAUUUAAUCUGUAUAUAAAGCUAUUCUGGUACAUUCAUAAUUUACCUGUAUUGUACAGUAUGGACACCUGCAGCUAUGACUGUGGCCAUACUUUGAACAAUCUUGUCAGCAUUGUAAAAAAUGUUUUAUAAUAAUAAAAUAUUGCAGUGGUGCUAAAAUGAGGUACAUUUACCAUAGGGGACUAACCACUGGCUGUUACAUAGAGCUCUAAUUGGGUUCUUGGUUGUAGUUUUCACUUGUUAUAAGUCUCUAUCAGUCUAAAUGUGCUGUGAAUGGGUCUCUCUGAUCUUAGUCCCUGAUGGAGAUAUUGCUUGGGCCAUCAGCAAUGGUUUGUUAAGGUAUAUGCAUUGUAUAGUGUAAUUCAAAUUCAGUUUCUUUCUUCGUUUUAUCUAUUUUCUGUUUUAUUGCUGUGUGAAGCUUGUAUUGUCUUUAUUGUACAUUUCUGAUUCUUUGUACAAUAAAUAGCAGGCAAAAUACUAUA